CGUGACUGAGUUGACGACGAGUCAACGUGCUUCGUGCGUCGGUGUGUUUUUGUUCGCGAAAUGAGAAAUCGCGACAUUCGCGACUCGCCGCGAGUGCCUCUCUGCGGUGCGCAUGCGCCGUUCCAUUUUGUGCCGUUCGUCCCGUGGCGUGCAAAAUCAGUUCUCAGUUGUUCAGUGCCAAAUUCGCCGGAUAUCUGCGUGGAGAAUCUCACGCGCUGUAUAUAUUCCUGCUGCAUUUUUCACCCGUAUAUACAUAUCCAACGCGAACAAGACAGUGCGGCGAAUUACGAGAAUCAACUUGCGUACUUGCUUACUAAGUUACACGUUAUAAUUACAAAUUGAUAUACAAUAGUGGAUACGCGAGUGUUUGUAACCUGUACGGCCUAAAGUCGCUUCGCAUAGAUGAAGCGCAGUGCCGAGUUCAGCGAGCACGAGCGUCGAUACGGAAAUCGGAGCUACUACCCUCGCGUACGCACAUAGGUUUGCGGUGGGCGCAGGCAGCAAAAAAAUCCACCGCCACAGAAGCCGGCCUCGUGCGACGCAGAGGACACAAUACGAUCCCGCAAAAGAGUGUAGUUCGUGGUGUCUGUGUGUGCAUGUGUGUGUAGUGGCGCCGCGCGCGUACUACAUGAUAAUAUACUCGAGCGCAGCGACUACAACAGUGCAAAAUGACGGCGACGAGAUUUUGGAGCCCCGAUCUUUGGAAAAACUGGGACAAGCAGGGCAAGACCGAAUUUUUCAAGUUGAUGAAAACAAAUUAUCAGGAGGGUCAUGAACACGAAUGGAAGAGAGGCCUUUAUGAACUGAUCCUCAGUGGUGUUCUUGGAACUAUGAAGAAAGAGGUGGUUGUUACUAGUUUAGGGGAACUUGCAGAUCAGAAUCCUGCAAUACCAUCUGCUAUUGUAGAUAUUUUUACUAUCAUAGAUGCAGAAAUUCAAGGAGAAACCAGAAGUAAUUUUUAUUUUAUCGUAAGAGAAUCUAAAAAGUAUCUUACAGAAAGAAUUUUAAAAGAACGUUUGGAUACCGAUACUCUCCAAGAUGUUGGGAUUCUUAAAAAUAUGAGCUUUCAAACAAAGUUUAUUAAAGUGAAAACCAAGUUAUACUACAAACAGAAGAAAUUUAAUUUAUUUAGAGAAGAGAGUGAAGGUUAUUCCAAGCUAAUUGUAGAGCUCAGUCAAGAGCACACAGAAUCAGAUGUAGAAAGCCUUUUGCAAAUCGUCAAAUCCCUUAUUGGUUAUUUUAAUCUGGAUCCCAAUAGAGUAUUAGAUAUACUAUUGGAAACUUUUGAAAACCGACCUCAAGAUGUUGCUGUUUUCAUACCUCUUAUACGUUCAUACAUGAGUGAUAGACAAGUAUUGUGUGAAGUACUUGGUUUUAAAUAUUGUUCUACAGUUAACGAUACACCUAAAUCUCUACAAGUGCUAACAGCACUAAUGCUUCAGUAUGGAGUAAUAAACUUGGAUGACAUUUUACCAUGGUUGGUUCCUGAUGAUCGAGUAAUAAUUCGCGAUUAUGAAAAUGAAAUCAAAUUAGCAAGAGAAUAUGUUAGAAAAAUGAGUGUGAUUUCAACUAAAGAAAAAGAAGAAGAAAAAGAAGAUAGAGAUGCUAUAGUGGACAAGUAUUCUGCUAACCAAAAAUUUGGUUUAUGUGAAGCACUUUUGGAGGUGGGAGCUUGGGAUGUAGCUCAAAAUUUAUUUGAUAGGUUACCAGACUUUUGUUUCACUGACAACAAACCAAUAGCUAAGGCACUCUGCAGUAUGAUUCAUGCCCUUAUUGAACCCGUCUACAGAAAAUACUGUUUAAUUCACCCUAAACUUCCUGGAAGAAAAAUUGCUCCAUUAUCAAGCCCUUUGGCUCCACCACCUUUAAAACGUCUUGAAGAUAUUCAUGAUAGGUUAUUACCAAUGCUUAUUGCUUUAGGACCAAAUCUUCAUCAUGAUCCUGUACUCAUGUACAAAAUAAUGCGUUUAAAUUAUGCUGCUAUUAAACAGUGUUCUCUUAACUCUGCUAAGCUACCAUUACCUAAGGAUAGUGUACUUUAUUAUGAUAUACUAACAAUACUUGAUGUAGCACUUCUACCAGCGCUUUCUUUUAUGGAUUGUAAUUGCUGUGUAGCUGAAGAAAUUUGGAAUAUUUUAAAGUACUAUCCUUAUCAGAGCAGAUACUCUCUUUAUGCCAGAUGGAAAAAUGACACACCUCAGCAGCAUGCAGCAUUAUUAAGAAAACGUGCCGAUGCUCAAAAAAAAAUUAAGAAUGUGAUAAAAAGAGUUAGCAAAGAAACAAUUAAACCUGUAGGAAGGUCAAUAGGAAAAUUGACUCAUUCAUCGCCUGGAGUAUUAUUUGACUAUGUUAUAAUUCAAAUUCAAUUGUAUGAUAAUUUGAUAGGACCAGUAGUAGAUUCACUUAAAUAUCUUACAAAUAUUUCUUAUGACGUUUUAAGUUAUUGUUUAAUUGAAGCUCUUGCUAGCGCAGAGAGAAAUCGUUUCAAGCAUGAUGGAACUAGCAUCUCUCUUUGGCUAACAUCUCUUGCUGCAUUUUGUGGUGCUAUAUUCAAAAAAUAUAACAUUGAAUUGACAGGAUUGCUACAAUAUGUAGCUAACAUGUUAAAAGCCCAGAAAAGUUUGGACUUACUGAUUUUGAAAGAGAUUGUUCAAAAAAUGGCGGGCAUCGAAGCUUCUGAAGAACUAACAUCUGAUCAAUUAGAUGCCAUGGCUGGUGGAGAUUUACUUCGCAUAGAAGCUGGAUAUUUUAGUCAAGUUAGAAAUACAAAAAAAUCAUCCCAGCGUCUUAAAGAAGCCUUAGCUGAAAACGAUUUGGCUGUAGCUCUUUGUCUAUUGAUGGCUCAACAAAAACAUUGUGUUGUUUAUAGGGAAACAGAACAGUCACAUCUGAAACUUGUUGGUAAACUAUACGAUCAAUGCCACGAUGCUCUCGUUCAAUUCGGUACUUUCCUGGGCUCAACAAUGACAGUCGACGAAUACGUAGAGCGGCUACCUUCGAUUCAUUCGAUGCUCCGAGAUUAUCACAUACACGCUGAUGUGGCUUUCUUCUUGGCCAGGCCGAUGUUCGCGCACGCUAUCAAUAUCAAGUACGAUACGCUGCGCAAAGCUGAUCCGAACUAUAAGAAAAUGUCAACGUCGAUGAAGCAGGCUAAAUAUGCAGAAGCUGCUCAAGCAGUCAUGGCACCUGUAGCUAGCUCCGUUCGCCCUUUGCACUCGAUCAAAGUUUGGGAGGACAUAUCGCCCCAAUUUUUAGUGACGUUCUGGUCGCUGUCGAUGUAUGACCUGUAUGUACCAGUAGAUAGCUAUCAGCGCGAAAUCAACAAACUCAAGCAAAUGGCUAGUCAAGCGGCAGAUUCAAAGGAUAUGACUGCCAGCAAAGGUAAAAAAGAGCAAGAAAGAUAUCAGACGAUGAUCGAUAAGCUGCAAGACGAGAAGAAAAAGCAAGAGGAGCACGUGGAAAAAGUUCACGCUUACUUGAGACAAGAGAAAGACACGUGGUUUUUGUCACGGAGCGCAAAGUCUGCCAAAAAUGAAACAAUCACUCAGUUUUUGCAACUUUGUCUAUUUCCACGCUGCACGUUCACCACGGUCGAUUCGAUGUAUUGCGCUAAAUUCGUUCACACUAUACAUUCUUUGAAAACUGCUAACUUUUCCACGCUUCUUUGCUACGACAGACUCUUUUGUGAUAUAACAUAUUCGGUUACAUCGUGUACCGAGAACGAAGCCCAUCGUUAUGGUAGAUUCUUGUGUGCCAUGCUGGAGACAGUAAUGAGAUGGCAUUCGGAAAAGGCUAUAUUCGAUAAAGAAUGUAGUAAUUAUCCAGGUUUCGUGACCAAAUUUAGAGUGUCUAAUCAGUUUUCAGAAGCUAAUGACAUGGUUGGUUUUGAAAACUACCGACACGUUUGCCACAAAUGGCAUUAUAAAAUUACAAAGGCAAUUGUUGUAUGUCUUGACUCGAAAGAUUAUGUACAAAUAAGAAAUUCUUUGAUUAUAUUAAUCAAAAUUUUACCUCACUUUCCUGUUUUGGCGAAACUGUCUCAAAUUCUCGAGCGCAAAGUCGAGAAAGUGCGGGACGAAGAACGCUCCAAGAGGCAAGAUCUUCACGUUUUGGCAACAUCUUAUUGCGGGCAGCUGAAGGCCAAAGCACCUCAAAUGAUCAGAGAAACAGACUUCCAUCACGUUAAUGAUAAGGCAACAAAAUCUGCAGAAACAACGAACAACGAUUCCAAUAAUGAUAAGGCCGUGAACGGUGUUACUGCUAAAGAGACCAAUAAUUCCGAAUCUCGUACAGAAAAAGAAAGCAAAGAAAAGAAAUCAAUCAAUGUCAAUGACAGUUCUGAGAAGUCGAAAAAAGAAAACAAAGAAUCAUCAGAAAAUAAAGAAAAAUACUCAAAGAAAGAAGAGGAAGAUGCUUUUGAUAAAAAAGAUAAAAAGUACAAGGAUGAUUAUCACGCUGCGUCGAUAGAUAAUUUCGAUAGAGAUCUCUCCAGCGUUUCUAACAGCAGUGCAGGUUCGGGUCAAGAUGAUAGAGAUCCUAAGCGACGUAAAGUGGAGGUUCCAAAAGAAACUAAACGAACGGAAGCUGCAAGUGAAAAAAAGGAGCGCACCUCGGCAAAAAAACAAGCACGUGAUGACAAAGAACCACGGAAAGAGAAAAAAGUUGGCAGAAAAAGAGACAGGACAGAUGAAGUAUCGGCCGCAGUUGAUCAAAAGCGUCGAAAAGACGAUGACCGGGCCAAGAGCACGCAUCAAAAUGGAGAUCUCCCAGAGCAUAGAGCCGAUAAGCAUCAUUAUAACAAGGAAAAGUCACCCUACGGCAAGGAACGAGUUCACGAGAGAGAUGGCCGUGAGACACGAGAAAAACAUAGGCGGAGCACCGAUCCCAAACGAAGAUGAUGCAUUGAUUUCAAAGAAGAAACUUGACUUGCAUUUCGUAUUUUUACGUUCGAAUGUUGUAUUUAAAUUGGGUAUAAUUUCAUCAAGCAAAAA